AUAUAAUAUAUUAUUACAAAAUGAGUUUACUGAAAGAUUGUGAGAAAUAUUUUUCAACUAAAAAUUUAUACCAUGUCUUAGGAAUUGAAAAAGGCGCGUCCCAGUUGGAUAUCAAAAAAGCUUAUAAAAAAACGUCUUUAAUUAUACACCCGGAUAGAAAUAAAAGUCAAGAAGCUACUAGAAAGUUCCAAAUAAUGGCUAAAGUUCACUUCAUUUUGUCCGAUAUAGAAAAGAGAGCAGCGUAUGAUGAAAUAGGUUUGAUUGAUGAAGAAAACAGUUUUUCCGAAAACAAUUCAACUCCAGAAUUCUGGGAACAGUACUGGAAGAAUUUAUUUCCUCGAAUUACAACAGAAGACAUCGAAGCUUUUUUAUAUUGGUAUAAAGAAUCAGAGGAAUUCAUUCGAGAUCUAAAAGAAUGCUAUUUGAAGUACGAAGGUGAUAUGAACAAAUUGUCUCAAGCUUUUAUAGGUUACGACGUAAACGAUGAAGACAGGUUAAAGAACAUUUUGACAAACCUAAUUCAUAAAAAUGAGAUUCCACUGUUUGGCAAAUUUAUGAAAGAAUCCAAAAGAAAAAAAGAAGCAAGAAUUAAGCGUUUCAAAUCGGAAGCUAAAGAAGCUGCAAAAGUUAAAGAAGAAAUGGAAUCAAAUCUUGUGACAACAAUUUCUAGAAGGAAAGAAGAACGAGAAAAACAAUUUAAAGCUAUGAUACUUAGUUUAGAAGCCAAAUAUGGCGAUAAAAAAGCUAAAAGAAAAAGAAAGAAGCGGUAACUCAA